GAUUUAUUCUAGGUUAUGUUAUUUGUUGUGUGCUUUUUUCUUGUGUCUAAAAGCGUGUAAUUAAAAAAAAAUAGCAUUAAAAUGUCGAAAAAAAUUCACAUACGUCUUGCAAAUCAUAGAGUAAAUUCUUCGGUGGCUGUAUAUUCCAGAGUACCAAAAAUAUUCACGCCUGGAGAAAUAAUAACGCCACAAAAUGAGUUUAUGAGAGGUCAUGGUACUUAUGAAGAGGACGGCAAUUUGAAAUCAUCUGUAGCAGGGGUUAGGGAACAAGUCAACAAUUUAAUAUCAAUAAGGCCACUAAAAAGCAGAUACAAUGGUGAAGUAGGGGACGUUGUGGUAGGAAGAAUCACAGAGGUUCAACAAAAAAGAUGGAAAAUUGAUACCAAUUCUAGAUUGGACUCUGUUUUGUUACUGUCUUCAGUUAAUUUACCUGGUGGAGAAUUGAGGAGAAGAUCUGUGGAAGAUGAACAUAUGAUGAGGCAGUAUUUGCAAGAAGGUGAUUUAAUUAGUGCUGAAGUACAGAGUGUUUAUUCCGAUGGAUCUCUUUCUUUACACACAAGAAGUUUAAAAUAUGGAAAGUUAGGCCAAGGGGUUCUACUAAAAGUCUUCCCAUCCCUUGUAAAAAGAAGCAAGACCCAUUUUCAUAAUCUCCCAGUAGGCGCUAGUGUCAUCUUGGGUAAUAACGGAUUUAUCUGGAUUUGCCCCACAAUCGUAAACAGUGAAGACAGUGUGGGAGGUUUCAUACAAAAUUUGGAAGAAGUGAUACCAAGGCAACAAAGGGAAACCAUUGCAAGGCUGAGAAACUGCAUUUUGUCCCUAACACAGAGUAAAAUGUUAGUGUUUGAUACCAGUAUUUUGUAUGCUUACGAAGAGUCAUUGAAAUAUGAGAUUUGUGAAUUAUUACAGCCUGAAGCCAUGGUAGAUGUGGCAUUGUUAACGCAACAAAGGCUUUGUAUGCUUGAGGAAUAAAGGU